AUGACGACUGCCACCAGAGACCUUUACCAUGCGAGCGUCAAGCUGCCCAAGAUCCACACGUCAUACCAAAUAACAGUCUCGCGGCCCUCAGCGUCACCACUAUCCACAUCGACUCGACCCUCCGCGAUGCCGGUUGGCACUUCUCGAGAGCUUCCCAUGCCGACGGUGACCCGUAUCACCAGCCUUGGUCAAGCACAAGCGACACUACAACACUGCUCGACCAAACUUUCCAAGUCAUGGCAGAACAACCCUGCGAGGAACUCGCCGCCAGGCUCUCCUCUGGAUGCCAGCGACAAGCGCCACUUCCAACAGUGGCUCGAUCAGUGGGAGCAAGCAUUCACGGCAUACCUUUCAUAUGCGAUGCCGACAAUGAAAGGGGACGAAAUAUCUCGUUCGCGGAUCCUCAAGGCAAAUCAUCUGUCUUGCGCCAUCCUCGCAUCAGAUCGUGGCCCACAUCCAUCUGCCUAUCAGGUCUUCGACGCCGAGUUCCAAGCAAUCGUCGAGCUUGCCGGUGCAGUGGUUCAGUCAAGACCGCAAAAGUCCGAUCGGUCGUCCACCGAGUCUCCAACAGAAGCAGGUCCAGCUUCCAGCUCGCUCGAUGUCCGAGAGCCGCUCUAUGUUGUUGUAGCUCGCUGCGAUCGUGCUUCAACCCGGAACCAGGCCUUGGAAUUGUUGCGAAGGAUUAGUGCUCGCUGA